CUAAAAAUACGAAAUAUAAGAUGACAUCUUCCUGUGCGGAAACUCUUUCGAACCUUGUGAUUAUGGGCGAUCAUCCAGUGCGAGGCCCCCACUAUUCGCUUGCUAAACUCAAUCGUCCAAAUUCAUACGCACCAUCCACCAUUCCUGACGUUGAAAAAGAUGAGGACGAAACAUAUCAACAGCAAGAGACUAUGACCGUGCAGGCCAUCACCGGUGCGCAGUUCGAUGAUCCUAACUUGGACCGGGAUCAUAUGUUGGUGUUUGAUGACGACAGCCCUUACCCAGAAGUGCGGUCAGCCGUCUCCAAUACCGACGAUCCCGAUAUGCCUGUAGCGACUCUCCGAGCGUGGAUCAUUGGUCUGAUGUGGGCUAUCCUCAUACCUGGCAUCAACCAGUUCUUUUUCUUCCGCUAUCCAAAUGUCUACGUCACGGGGAUUAUUGCACAACUUUUGUCGUUUCCCAUAGGUCAAGUUGCUGCUGCGUACGUUCCCCGGUGGAAGGUAUUUGGAAUAUCGUUGAAUCCUUCACCAUUCACGGUUAAGGAGCAUGUUCUAAUAACGAUCAUGGCUUCUGUCGGUGCUGGAUCGGCGUAUGCUACUGACAUCAUCGUCGUUCAAAGGGUAUACUAUAAUCAGAUAUAUAGCUUCAGUUACCAAUGGUUUAUUGUCAUGUCAACGCAAAUCAUCGGAUACGCCAUUGGUGGAGUAGCACGACGAUUUUUGGUUGCUCCCCCUUCAAUGAUAUGGCCUGCAAAACUAGUCAAUUGCGCCUUGUUCAAUACGCUACAUUCUCAGCAGUAUGCUGGUAUUGGGAACCGUGGUGGAAUCAAUCGAGAGCGAUUCUUCGUCUAUGCAUUUUUAGCGGCUUUUGCUUGGUAUUUCUUCCCUGGGUACCUUUUCCAGGCGCUCUCCUACUUCUCGUGGAUUACUUGGAUCAAACCAAAUGAUGCUGUUCUGGCUCAGCUGUUCGGCUACAUCCAUGGAUUGGGAUUGUCUGUAGUGACAUUUGAUUGGAGUCAAAUUGCAUACAUUGGCUCCCCCCUCGCUACACCCUGGUGGGCUGAAGCCAACAUAUUCACAGGUUUUGUGUUCUUUUUCUGGAUUCUAACGCCCAUCCUCUACUUCACGGAUACAUGGCAUGCCAAGUAUAUGCCGAUAUCUUCGCGAUCCUCCUAUGAUAAUCAGAUGCGAGAGUACAAUGUUACGCGGAUCCUCCGGCAAAAUUCAACAUUCAAUGCCGAUGCCUAUCACGAGUAUAGCCCUCUUUUCAUAUCAACGACGUUCGCAAUUUCAUACGGCCUGUCGUUUGCCGCAAUAACUGCCACGAUAAUGCACGCGAUCCUAUUUUUCCGAAAACAAAUAUGGAUACAGAGCUGCCGUGCCUUGCAUGAGCAGCCCGAUAUUCAUUCCCGUCUAAUGUCAAAAUAUAAACAAGUACCGGAAUGGUGGUACCUUGGUAUAUUCUUUACAAUGUUCGUCCUCGGUGUAAUCAGCAUCGAAGUAUGGCCCACAGAAAUGCCGGUCUGGGCAUUUCUUCUAGCGCUUGUCAUCGCUUUCACAUACGUCAUCCCUGUGGGCAUGAUACAAGCCAUCACGAACCAACAAGUCGGAACGAAUGUUAUCACGGAGCUCGUCAUCGGAUACGCUCGUCCCGGCCGUCCCGUCGCCAUGAUGAUGUUCAAGACGUGGGGUUACAUUACCAUGUCACAAGCUCUGACAUUCACUUCCGACUUUAAGCUUGGGCAUUACAUGAAAAUCCCUCCGCGGUCGAUGUUUUGGGCCCAGGUCAUAGCCACUACUGUCGCUGGUACAGUACAGCUAGGAGUGCAGUCAUGGAUGUUCACGAACAUAGAGGGAAUGUGCUCCCCUGACCAAAAAGACGGUUUCAUAUGUCCGGGUACGGAGGUAUUUGGGACCGCUAGUAUCAUCUGGGGUGUCAUCGGCCCGGGGCUGCAGUUUUCCAAAGGACAAACUUAUUAUCCGCUGGUUUACUUUUUCCUGAUCGGGGCCAUCGCUCCCCUAGUCAUAUAUUUUGUAGGCAGGCGAUAUCCGAGCAGCUGGCUGAGAUAUGUCAACCCCGUUAUCUUCAACGGAACUGGACUCAUACCACCCGCCACUUCUAUCAAUUACGUUCCUUGGGCUGCAGUGGGAAUGCUGUUCCAAUAUUACAUUCGAAGACGACACUUCUCCUGGUGGACGAAAUACAAUUAUGUCUUGUCGGCCGCCCUUGACGCCGGGACGACCGUCUCGAUUAUCGUGAUAUUCUUUUGCCUGCAAUAUCCCAGGAACGGAACGAUCGGCUUGGAUACAAUACAAUCGUGGUGGGGAAACACAGUCCCGUUCAAAGGUGCGGAUUAUGGGCCAGGUGGGAUCGGCACACCAGUCAAGGCAUUAGCGCCGGGGGAAACUUUCGGGCCGAGUAUGUGGUAAACGAAAUACAGCGUCUUUUAAAGUGACGCAUGCUAUCUCCACGUAGGACUAGCAUGUAGGGCUGAUUCGAUGUAUAAUUUGCUGCAUAAGCUGUACAUAUAAAAUAGUUGUAUCAUCGUACCUGUAUAUGAGCAAGUAUUUA